AUGGCUCUUCUUGCAUUAUUCAUAAAAAAUGCUGAACUGCUGGAGCAAGGAAAGGAAUGGUCACAUCACGAGGUGGAUCCCAAAAAUUCUAAUGACUUCAUUUUGUUGUUAAAUCAUAAAUGUGAUGCCAUUGCGGGGAAAUGGACGGACUUCGCUCUUGUGAGAAGAUUAAAGAUGAAUCAGAAGAUGCAGGAAAACCCUGGUUGGUGGAUUAGUGAAAGUUCACGUACAGUUUUGUGGCGUGGGGAGGGUGAAAGUGGGAAGGGAAAGAGAAAAGGUAAAAUUACAGACGAUGCUUGUGAGAAUCUUAGGAAGAUUAUGAUCGAACUUGAAGUCAAAGGUGGUCACAUUCCACUGGUUGGUGAUGUGUUGCUUGAUAUGCAAAGUCAGAAGCAUGCUGUUGCUUUGGAAUGGAAAGUUCGUGAUUUGUAA